CUCUCUCUCUAUUAGGCUUUUCUAAAGUCAGUUUCUUUACUGAUGCUCAAACACACACUGGACUUCAAUCAAACAGCAGUUCCUCUUGUUUCUUUCAUUCGUUGUCGCUUAAAGGAGUAAUCAUGAAAUCUCACAGGAUUACAAUAAGCAAUUGCACAAAUCCAGAUUUUAACUACAGCCUGGUGAAGGAAGGCAUUGAUUUGCUGUAAACCACUGGAUGUCUCUCCAAAGGUUGGACAUUCUGGACCAGGAUGAACAUCUUAAUUUCAUCAGGUCUGAUGACCCUAGUGAGUCUGUGUGGAACAUCUAAAAGUUGUCCGUUAUUGUGUUCCUGCAACAUAAACCAAACAGACUGCAGUCACCUUUACCAACUGGCUUCCUUGGACUCCAUCCUAGAGCAGCUUCCAUUUGACACAACCAAUCUCAACCUCUCCAAAAACAACUUCACCACUGUGGAACCUGGGAGCUUUUCCAACCUCAGCGCUUUGCUACAACUAGACUACUCUAGAAACCUUCUCUCUGCCAUUAACCCUGGAUGUUUUUCCAAUCUCAGUGGCCUUUUGCAUCUUGACCUCUCCAGAAACCUUCUCUCCAGAGUUUUCCCUUCCAGUUUCUCCCAUCUGAAUAGCCUGGAGUUCCUGGAUCUCUCAGUAAACCUUCUUGUGAGGCUCCCGGUUAACCUGUUCUCUGAUCUCAGCAGCCUAAAUGAACUGGUUCUACGAGACAACAGGCUAAAGGAACUGAACCCAGCUCAGUUCAAAGGCCUGACUGAGCUCAGGCGUCUGGAUCUUUCUUUAAACAGCCUCAGCCAUGUGCCCACACACCUACUGGAUGGGCUCCAGAACCUGCUGUGGCUCUCGUUGGUGGGCAACAAGCUGAAAACUCUUGAUCGGUCAUCACUGGAGUCUGCCAACGCUCUCCAGCAACUUCUGCUCGAGGGAAAUCCCUGGAACUGCAACUGCAAAUUAAUUCCUCUCAAGUAUUGGCUGGAAUGGAUCGUAUAUACAGGUGGCCGUGUGGAUUCCCCCAACUGCUCGUUUCCAACUGACCUGCAGGGUAAAGAUCUUGCCAGUCUCCCAAUGGAGUUGUUCAGACACUGUUACCCCCUGCAGCUCCAAACCAGAAAGCCAUCCGCCCCAGAGGCCCACCAGGGGCCGUCAGGAGACUGUAUGCGCCAGCGCUACCGGGCCGUGAGCGUGCGUCGAGCCACGGCCACAGUGGUGGUGGCGGGUGUGGUGUGCAGCGUGGUGUGUGUGUUGAUGGUGGUGACGGCCACGUACGGCUGUAUCUACGCCACGCUGGUGGCUCAUCAACAACAGCAGAUGCUGCAGAGAAAGCGCCAGCAGCAAGAGCCACUCAUGGUGGAGAAAGAACCAGCACACGAUGAAAAAGAGGAUCUGAUGCCAACCAUCGGAAAGGGAGCCGAAGCUAUGGAGUGUGUGGGGUGGAUGGCAUUUCCUCCGGAAGUGUGUGUUUAAGGGAGACUGUGGUUUAUUGUUGAACAACUACAUAAAUUACAUGAGGGCAAAUGACUCAGUGUAUGUUAAAAGCAAUUACUAGUUGGUUGGUUAAGGGAUUGUUCAUCUGAAAAGCUGUUUAUUUGACUCAAGUCAUCUAAAAUGUACACUGUAAAAAUGUAAUGACGAAUAUACAAAUAUUUUGUAUGUUGCUUUA